GUCCCUGGAAGCAACGUUCCUUUCCCGGUGUUCUCUAAGAGGGCAGCCCCUGUGGUUAAGAUCCCUGGGCGCAGGGUACGCCGGGAGUUGUAGUCCCAGCGGACACAGCCUUGCGGAGUCUCCGGAAGUGGAGGCGUGAGAAGCCGGGCUGAGCAGGCUCCGGGUAGCGGGACGCCCGACUACUGCUGGGGCACUGCUCCCGGGGCAGGUCAUGAACGGGCCGGCGGACGGCGAAGUGGACUACAAGAAGAAGUACCGGAACCUGAAGCGGAAGCUCAAGUUCCUCAUCUACGAACACGAGUGCUUCCAGGAGGAACUGAGGAAGGCGCAGAGGAAGUUGCUGAAGGUGUCCCGGGAUAAGAGUUUCCUCCUAGACCGACUUCUGCAGUACGAGAACGUGGAUGAAGAUUCUUCUGACUCAGAUGCCACUGCAUCUUCAGAUAACAGCGAGACAGAGGGAACACCCAAGUUGUCGGACACGCCAGCCCCCAAGAGGAAGAGAAGCCCUCCACUGGGGGGUGUCCCCUCCCCCUCCAGCCUCUCCCUGCCUCCUUCAACAGGGUUUCCCCUUCAGGCCUCGGGGGCCCCCUCCCCAUACCUGAGCUCGCUGGCUUCCCCCCCCUACCCCCCAUUCCCUUCCGACUACCUGGCCCUGCAGCUGCCCGAGCCCAGCCCCCUGAGGCCCAAGCGGGAGAAACGGCCCCGCCUGCCCCGGAAACUCAAGAGAGCUCACUCUGGCUGCAGUGUGGAGGAAGAGCUGGCUCUGGGAGAGGCUGAAGGCAGGGAGUCCAGUUAG